AUGGCGGACAGAAACAUGGAGGUCUAUCUGAACAAGCUGGCGGACCCGGCGUCAGACUUGAAGGUCAAGACCGGCGUGGCGACGGAAAUCCGGGACAGCAUCGAGCUUUACUGCUCGGGCUCGACGUAUGGCGUUUUCUUGGAGAAGUUUAUCCCGGUCUUCCUCAAACUGCUAGAAGGGUCGCCCGUCUUUGUGAGCACAUCGCCAGAGCAGCGCCUGCGCAACUGCAUACUAGAGAUAUUGCAUAGAUUACCGAUGAGCCCGACCGAAGCGCUAGAACCCUACGCCGCACAAAUCGUCGAUCGACUCAUGGUAUUGGCGAAGAUCGAGAACGAGGACAAUGCGGCGUUGUGCAUGAAGACGAUCAUGGACUUUGAGAGGCACCAGACCAAGGCGCUUCAGGACCGGGUACAGCCAUUCUUGGACCUCAUCGCCGAGAUGUUCGAGAACAUGGACGCCGCCGUCAAAGACACGUUCGAUAGCCCCUCCGGAAACCCUUCUUCGCAAGCUAUACCAUCCACGCCUAGUAAUUCGCAAUACUCGCAAUCCCCGCGUCCGGGCUCGCCUGGAUCCGGUGGUUCGUCGAGUGGUCCGGACCUGGGAGGAGAACAGCAGCAGACAAGACAUCUACUGAAGGGUAUGCAGUCGUUCAAGGUGUUGGCGGAAUGCCCGAUCAUUGUGGUGUCGCUUUUUCAGGCGUACAGAAAUUGCGUCCACAAGAAUGUGAAGCGUUUCGUACCACUGAUCAAGAAUGUCUUGCUCCUUCAGGCGCCGCCGCAAGAAAGGGCACAUGCUGAGGCGAAGGCGAGAGGAGACAUAUUCACAGGCGUGAGCAAGGAGAUCAAGAAUCGGGCUGCGUUCGGAGAGUUCAUCACUGCCCAGGUCAAGACGAUGAGCUUUUUGGCAUAUCUCCUGCGUGUAUAUGCACAGCAGCUUACGGAUUUUCUUCCCACACUCCCGGACAUCGUGGUUCGCUUAUUACAGGACUGUCCCAGAGAGAAGUCCGGCGCGAGGAAAGAGCUUCUUGUUGCCAUCCGCCACAUCAUCAACUUCAACUUCCGCAAAAUCUUCCUUAAAAAGAUUGAUGAGCUGCUUGACGAGAGGACCUUGAUCGGAGAUGGUCUGACGGUGUACGAGACUAUGCGGCCGUUGGCGUACAGCAUGCUUGCAGAUCUAAUUCACCAUUUGAGAGAAUCAUUAUCACAGGAGCAGAUCAGGAGAACGAUCGAGGUUUACACCAAGAACCUGCACGAUAGCUUCCCUGGUACCAGUUUCCAGACCAUGAGCGCGAAGCUGUUGUUGAACAUGGCUGAGUGCAUUGCCAAACUGGAGCCCAAGCAGGAGGCCCGUUACUACUUGGUAAUGAUUCUCAACGCCAUCGGUGACAAGUUUGCCGCCAUGAACCGCCAGUUCGACAAUGCAGUAAAGAUAUCCAACCAGUUUUCUAGCCCAGGGAUAGAGGCCACCCCGGAAGACUAUUUGGCGGAAAAGGACAGCCCACCGGAUUGGGACGAAAUUGACAUUUUCAACGCGACUCCGAUAAAGACGUCGAAUCCUCGGGAGCGAGCUUCAGAUCCAAUCGCAGACAACAAAUUCCUCUUCAAGAACCUGCUGCAUGGUUUGAAGAACCUUUUCUAUCAACUCAGAGUCUGCAACCCGCCCAAGAUAAAGGAAGAGAUCGACCCGAGCGUACCGACACCGGCAAAUUGGCACGAAGUGUCCUUUGGCUACAACGCGGAGGAGGUUGAGGUCCUCAUCAAGCUCUUCCGCGAAGGCGCCCAAGUUUUCCGUUACUACGGCGUGGAAAAAACACCUGGCGAGAAGGAGAGUCUUUCCCCCGGCGAACUGCUUGCCAACCAGCACAUGAUGUCCAGCGGCAAAGAGGAGAAGGAGCUUCUGGAAGCUUUUGCUACCGUUUUCCAUCACAUCGACCCGGCCACGUUCCACGAAGUCUUUGAAUCAGAGAUACCCCACCUUUACGAGAUGAUGUUCGAACAUAAUGCUCUACUACAUGUCCCCCAGUUCCUUCUUGCCAGCGAGGCAACUUCUCCGAGUUUCGCUGGCAUGCUCCUCCAGUUCCUGAUGGGCAAAAUUGACGAAGUUGGCACUGCCGAUGUCAAGAUGUCGUCGAUCUUACUCCGCCUCUUUAAGCUCUCCUUCAUGGCCGUCACCCUCUUCUCGCAACAGAAUGAGCAGGUCCUACUACCGCACGUCACAAAAAUUGUCACAAAGUCGAUAGAAUUGUCCACCACGGCAGAAGAACCGAUGAAUUACUUCCUUCUCCUCCGGUCGCUCUUCAGGAGUAUCGGCGGUGGUCGGUUCGAGCAUCUCUACAAAGAGAUACUCCCUCUUCUGGAGAUGCUCUUGGAGGUGCUGAACAAUCUGCUCAUCGCUGCACGGAAGCCUUCCGAGCGGGACCUGUUCGUGGAGCUGUCCUUAACCGUUCCUGCUCGUCUGAGUAACCUUCUCCCACACCUGAGCUAUCUUAUGCGACCCCUGGUGGUUGCUCUGAGAGCGGGUUCGGAUUUGGUUGGCCAAGGCCUCCGAACGUUGGAGCUUUGUGUUGACAAUCUUACUGCGGACUACUUGGACCCGAUAAUGUCUCCAGUCAUCGAUGAACUCAUGCAAGGUCUCUGGGAGCACUUGAAACCAACCCCGUACAGCCACUUCCAUGCACACACCACUAUGCGGAUUCUGGGUAAGCUUGGUGGACGGAACAGGAAAUUCAUCAUUGGACCUCCGCCGCUCGAGUACAAGUCCUACGCCGAUGACGAGCCCAGCAUUGACAUCCGUCUCAUUGGUUCCAUGAAGGACCGCGCCUUUCCGACGUCCGUUGGUGUUGAAAGUGCUAUUGGGAAGCUAUGGGAGACCCCGAAAACCCCGGCUGCGAAGAAGUCAGACGGCUUCCACAAACAACAGUCGUUCAGGUUUAUCACUUCGCAGAUCAAGCUGCUUUUGGGUGCGGACACCCUGCCUGAAGAUUUCGCGCAACUCGUCCGCCUGCAGGCUGAUGACCUGAGUAAUGGCAUUCAUGAUCGUGGCGUCGACAUUCUGGAGGCUUCUGAGAGAGACAAGUCGAACGCGAAGAAGGAUGCACAGCAAGAUACUAUGCGGAGGCUACUCAAGGCAGUGAUGUUCUGCAGCUCGAUCCCCGAGCUCAAAGAGGAGGCUUCGACUUUCAUGGCACAUGUAUGUCGGCACUUCGCUCUCCUGGAAGUUGGAACCGCUCUAGCGACUAUCAAGCACCGCAAGAAGCCCUUCGACGUCAAUGCUGGUGAAGGCCCGGUCGUGAUCGAGAGUCGGGUAAUUCUGGAGGCCAUCGCAGAUUCCCUAGCAUCUGACCAUGUUGAAGUCAAGGAGGCAGCCGAGGAAGCUCUGAUAACGCUACACCAGGCCGCUGUUACCAUUUUCGGCGACCCAAGCAAAGCAGAGAAGCUUACCCUUUUCAAGCAUUUGGCUGACAUUUUCUGCCAUAACUGCCACCAAGAGGAAUGGUUUGUCAAGCACGGCGGCACCCUGGGCAUCGACAUCCUCACGACCAAGCUCGGUCUCAGCGAUGGGUGGAUCAACGAGGGUGGUCGACUCAAUCACUUCUCUCGGGCCUUGGUGUACGUUAUGCAAGAUAUGCCUUUGGAUCUGACAAGCUCAACGCGAGUCAAUGCUCAAACCACGCUUGAGAAGUUGCUACGCCGGUGCAGUGGACUGUGGUCCAAGGACGAUCUCAAGUCGCCUCCCAACUCGGAUAACAAGCUUCUCAGCUUGUGUGGCUUCCUAGUGACCAUGCUCUCACACUCCAAUAAGCACGUGCGGAAAGCGGCCCAGGACAAUUUGAAGAUCAUCGCAGAGUCGACUCACGCCGAAGUCCAUGAGCUUGUUCUUCCCGUCAGCAAGCGGCUCUUGGAUCCUAUUUUCAACAAGCCACUCCGCGCGUUGCCCUUCAGCAUUCAGAUCGGUUACAUCGAUGCCGUCACGUUCUGCUUGAAGCUGGGUCAUGGCGUUCUGACAUUUAACGAGCUCUUGACGCGCCUUCUCACGGAAGCUCUUGCGCUUGCUGAUGCGGAAGACGAAGGACUCACGGCGAAGCCGUACGAGCAGAGGAAUGCAGAGGCCAUCGUCAACCUCCGUGUCGCCUGUAUCCGAUUGCUUUCUACGGCGCAGACAUUCCCGGAAUUUACUUCGACCCCGCCAAACCAAACCUUCCUCCGCGUCAUCGCUGUCUUCUUCAAGGCCCUCUACUCCAAGUCUCCACAGGUGGUCGAUGCAGCAAAUGCAGGCCUGCAAGGAGUGCUGCAUACCACCAACAAGUUGCCGAAGGACGUUUUGCAAAGUGGUCUCCGACCAAUCCUGGUCAACCUUCAGGAUCCAAAGAAACUCACCGUUGAAGGUCUCGACGGCCUUGCCAGACUGCUCAAACUGCUCACCAAUUACUUCAAGGUCGAGAUUGGCUCUCGCCUCUUGGAUCACAUGAAAGUCAUCGCAGAUCAACGCGUGCUGCAGACCGUCUCUUUUGGUUUGAUCGAGCAGCACAAGGCAAUGAAGACGGUCACUGCGAUUCUCAACGUCUUCCAUUUGCUCCCAUCCGCCGCCGUCAGCUUCCUUGGCCAGCUUGUUCAGAAGGUUAUGGAGCUUGAGGGCGCAUUGCGCAGGACUCACUAUAGCCCUUUCCGCAAGCCGCUAAUUAAGUACUUGAAUCACUAUCCGAAGGAGGCCUGGAGCGACUUUGCGCCUCGCAUCAGAGACCAUGCCAGUGGUCGCUUCUUCGCUCAGCUCAUUGCAGACCCUGCGAGCGGUCCUCUGCGAGAGGUUCUCGUCGAAGAUACUCGGGGCUUCAUUAACUCUUUCGUAAUUGACGAUGAGCAAAAGAAGUGGCCUGCUUCCAUCAACGCGAUACAUGUGGUCGAAUCGGUGUGCAAGUAUCCCGAAACUAGCAACUGGCUUGUCGACCACGCAGACUUGCGCAAGGCGCUCAUCGAGGCCGGCAAAACAUUGGAGACUCGCCUAAGGCAGAACACGAUUGAAGCGAGCUUGCGCCUCGCAGUCGAUCAAGCCGGUGAAAGGCUCAUAGGCGUUUUCACGAACUACCUCACCCAUGAGCCUGACAAUCUUGACUUCUUUGUUGAGAUCGUCGACGCGGUUACGGCCGAGGAGCUCAAGGCCUCGCCAUCGUUGUUCCACUUCAUCUACAAGACAAUGAUUUCGAACGAGUCGGUCGACUACUGGCGGAGCCUUAUCAUUCGCUGCAUUGACCUCUAUACCGGUCGCAACACCUCGCAAAAAACGAAGACAUUCGUCUUCCACAACAUCGUCAACCCGAUUUUUGCCAUGGAUGUGAUGCGGAAUUGGGACAGUCUGUUUGGCGCGGCGAAGGGCACUCAGCUGAUGGACCGGGGCAUGACGGAAACGAUCCACAAUCGCCUCUGGCGCGCCUACUCGGUCGAGCAAGUGGACGAGACGGGCCAGCUCGGGGUGGACCACUCAAGAAUGGAGUUGUUGCAGAUGACUACACUCCUUGUCAAGUACCACCAUGGCCUUAUCCAGGACACUCGGAAGGACAUCAUCAAGUUCGGGUGGAACUACAUUCGUCUUGAGGAUAUAAUUAACAAACACGCCGCCUACGUUCUCAUCGCGUACUUCAUCGCUCAUUACGAAACACCGCCAAAGAUUGCCAUCCAGAUCUACUCUCAGCUACUCAAAGCCCAUCAAAAUGAAGGGCGUCCACUGGUUAUGCAAGCUCUCGAAGUCCUUGCGCCCGUUUUGAAGAAGCGCGUUGGAACUGCAGACAACAAGCAACCGCCGAUGUGGGCGAGGAUUCCGAAGAAAAUUCUUACCGAGGAGAGCUCCAACUUGCAACAACUGAUCAGCAUCUUCAACUUCCUUGUGCGCUAUCCCGACCUUUUCUACGAGGCAAGAGAGCCGCUGUCAACAAUCAUCAUUCCCUCGCUCCCGAAGAUAGCACAGCCUCCCAGCUUGGGCAAUGACCACAAGAAGAUUGCUCUGAACCUCAUCAAUCUCCUGCGUCGCUGGGAGGAAAGAAGCGCGAAGGAGUCAGGUCUGACCCUGGAACAGCUCAGCAUUGGGGGCAGAUCACCAAAGAGACGCCAUGAUGGUUCAAUGGUUGUUCCUGAUCCAUCAUCAAGGCACUUCGUUGCACCUCCGGCCCUACGCCAGGCUCUGAUCAAGUACCUGGCUACGUUCAUCAUGUUGAUUCCUGAACGAUACCCCCUCCCUUCUACGAAGAUUCGCGAGAGCACAGCGGCACACAAUGCGCCGCCUUCGCAGUCGACAGAGGCGUGCGAGUUGGCUGUGAAGCUACUCCAAGAUCUGCUUUCUUCCUUCUAUUGGCAUGAUUUGGACAUUGACAGCAUUCUUGCAAGAGUCGAGAACGUCAUCAUGACGGAACCGAAGCAGGAGGAGAAGCCAGAAGUAGCGACCACAAGGCUCAUCAAUGCACUUCAGGUGCUCAAGGUUUUCGUCAACGUCAAGUCAAGCGAUUGGAUCCUGGCCCACCUGCCACAGCUUCAGAAAGUGCUCGAGAAGCCUAUUCGUAACGAGAGUGCUGAAAUCCAAGACUGCCUCCACGCACCAAGUGAGGAGGACAGUAAGGUCAAGCUUAAGCCACUCAUGAAGCGCAUCCUCGAGGUCUUGCCCGAGCCUAGCACCGAUGAGGAUGGUGCUACUACGGAAGAGACGCCAUCUACAGAAUUCGUGGCUUUCUGCAACCAGGUGGCCACGGAAACACUAGGAAACAACAACAACAUUGCCGCUAUCAGUCUACUCUGGACUCUGUGCCAGCAUAGGCCGGAUGACAUUGAUCAGCAGCACAUUGUCUCAGUGGUGAAGGUCUUGAACACCAUGAGCAGGGAGCACUUGACGGCACCCAGCCAAAGCCAGAGCAUGAUGCACGGGAUGCGUUCCGAGGGUGGUCAGAAUGGUGCACCGAUGGGCUCGUAUGAGCAUGAGAUUCAGAUAGGCCUCAUCCUCAAGGCCAUCGACUUCUUGGCGGCCCGCAUGAGCCAGCUUGGAGACCAGAGGCGUCCUUUCUUGACUUUCCUGGCAUCCCUCGUGGAGCGCUCGCCGAGCGUGGCAAUCUGCCAGAAGAUUGUUGAUCUCACCGAGGGUUGGAUUUUCGACAGCAGCGAGCCUGUGCCGACACUGAAAGAGAAGACGGCUGUACUGUCAAAGAUGCAGGCGUUCGAGUCACGCACGGAUAAGACGCUCUUGACCAAAUUCCUAAACCUGGUAAUCCGCAUCUAUGAGGACCCCAAGAUCACCAGAUCCGAGCUCACAGUGCGCAUGGAGCAUGCAUUCCUCAUCGGAACGAGGGCGGAGGACGUGGAUAUGCGCAACCGCUUCAUGACCAUCUUCGACCGCAGUCUUAGCAGAACGGCUAGUGCGCGUUUGAAUUAUGUCAUUGCAGGUCAGAACUGGGACAUCCUCGGUCGCUCUUUCUGGCUUAAUCAAGUCAUUCACCUCAUGUUCGGCUCGGUCGAAACAAACAACACCGUGCAGCUGCAUGCCGAUGACUUCAAAGUCAUGUCGGCUUCGACUCUCUUUGGGACUUACUCGAAGGAUCCGCGUGUUAGCGAUGUCAUGGUUGACGAUCAGCUGGAGUCCUACAUCUCAACGCAUCGCCAGUUUGUCAACUCGUUCGGCGAAGUCAAGGUUCGCGACCUCUUCGAUCCACUUACCCACCUUCAACACGUCGACUCAAACCUUACGCAUGAUAUCUGGGUUCACUUCUUUCCUCUCUGCUGGUCCGCGCUUGCCAAGGAUGACCAGGUCGAUCUCGAGAAGGGCCUCGUCGCUCUUCUUACGAAAGACUACCACAUGCAAUCCAUCGAUGAGCGACCGAACUGUGUGCAGACCGUCCUCGAAGGUGUGGUCAAGGCAAGGCCAAGAGUCAAGUUCCCGCCGCAUGUCAUGAAAUACCUCGCGCAGACUUACAAUGCAUGGUACACGGCGCUAUGCUACUUGGAGGACUACGCCAUUGACCCCAUUAUCGACACUGCGCAGGUCCGGGAGAGUAAUUUGGAUGCCCUACUGGGAGUCUACUCGCAGCUCGAAGAACAUGACCUUUUCUACGGCACUUGGAGAAGACGCUGCCAGUAUGUCGAGACUAAUGCGGCACUGUCCUAUGAGCAGAACGGCAUGUGGGACAACGCUCAGAAGCUCUACGAGACGGCUCAGAUCAAGGCCCGUACCGGCGCUCUCCCUUUCUCGCAGGGCGAGUACAUGCUUUGGGAAGACCACUGGGUCGUCUGCGCACAGAAGCUGCAGCAAUGGGAGAUCCUGAGCGACUUUGCUAAGCAUGAGAACUUCUCUGACCUCUACCUCGAGUCCAUGUGGCGGAUUUUUGAUGCAUGGCAAAACAACGAGCAGCGCGAGCAGCUCGAGUCUAGCAUCAAAGCGGUUUCGGACGCACCUACGCCUCGGCGUAUCUUCUUCCAGGCGUUCUUAUCCCUCCUCAAACUUCAUGGUGGCCAGGAGACUAACCAGGACUUCAACAAGGUCGUUGAUGAUGCUAUCCAGUUAUCUAUCCGGAAGUGGCACCAGCUUCCCAAGAGAAUCACGAAUGCCCACAUCCCACUGCUCCAGAACUUCCAACAGUUGGUUGAGCUACACGAUGCCAGCGUCAUCUGCUCCAGCUUGGCUGCCACCAACCAGCAGAACUUGGACCACAAGUCUCAGGAACUCAAGCUGUUGCUUAGCACGUGGCGCGAUCGUCUGCCCAAUUUCUGGGAUGACAUCAAUGCCUGGCAAGACCUUGUCACUUGGCGUCAGCACAUCUUCCAUCUCAUCAAUGGCAAGUAUCUGCAGCUCUUGCCACAGCAGCAGGGUAAUGCCAGCGGCAAUUCAUACGCUUACCGCGGCUAUCACGAGACGGCCUGGAUCAUCAACAGGUUCGCGCACGUGGCUCGCAAGCACAGCCUUCCUGAUGUCUGCAUCAAUCAGCUCAGCCGGAUCUAUACGCUACCAAACAUCGAGAUUCAGGAGGCCUUCCUCAAGCUUCGUGAGCAGGCAAAGUGCCAUUACCAGAACAAGCAGGAGCUCAACAGCGGUCUGGAUGUCAUCAACAAUACCAACCUCAACUACUUCGGCGCGCAGCAAAAGGCGGAGUUCUACACGCUCAAGGGCAUGUUCCUCGCCAAGCUUGGCCAGACGAACGAGGCCAACGAUGCCUUCGGCAGCGCACUGUACUUCGACAUCAAGUUGCCCAAGGCGUGGAAGGAGUGGGGCCGCUACAACGACAACUUGUUCAAGCAGAGCCCGCAAAACUUGGACAAGGCCGCAUCCGCUAUCAGCUGUUACCUCGAGGCCGCAAGCCAAUACAAAAACCACAAGUCGCGCGAGCUACUCGGCCGCAUCUUGUGGCUGCUCAGCUUGGACAACUCGGAGCGCUUGUUGGCGAAGACGUUCGAAGGAUUCAAAGGUGACACGCCUUCCUGGUACUGGAUCACGUACAUUCCGCAACUGUUUGUCGGCUUGUCGCGGCCGGAGGCGCCGAUUUGCAGGCAGGUGCUGGGCAAGCUGGCAAAGACGUACCCGCAAGCGCUGUUCUUCCAGCUACGCACCAGUAGAGAAGACUUCCACCAGAUUCGCAAGCAGCAAGAGGCGAAAGAAGCAAGGGAGAAGGCGAUAAUGGACAAGAAGAAGGCGGCGCAGCAGGCAGCCAGUGGUGCGCAGGGCCAGAGUCAAACCCAGAACCAGGGUCAGAGUUCGGACAACAAACAAGGGUCUCCAUCGCGACCAGGCACGUCUGGUGGCAACGAGCAGAAGCCGGGUACUGCUGGUGGGAACAACAACACCGAUAACACCCAGAAUUCUGGCCAAAACAACGCACAAGCUGCGAACGGGCAGAAGACAGAAAACGGACAGACCACGCCGAGCACAGAGCAGCCGCCGCAGCCGAGGAAGCCGUGGGACUACGUGGAGGAGGUCAUGGCUGCGCUCAAGACCGCUUUCCCUCUCCUUGCGCUGUCGAUGGAAACCAUGAGCGACGGAAUCGCGAAGCACUUCAAGUGUCCUCCCGACGAGGAUGCGUACCGACUUAUCGUCGCCCUGCUGAACGAUGGCCUCAGCUACAUUGGCCGUCAGCCAGCUCUGUACCAGGAAACCAAGCUGCCCAGCUCGACCGAGGCCAACAUCACACGUUUUGCUGAGUCUGUCCUACCACCUCACAUCCGCCGGUCUUUCGAGGCCGACUUCGUCCAGAAGAAGCCUACGAUGUUCGAGUACAUCCAGAAGCUGCGGAAGUGGAGGAACCGCUUUGAGGAGAGACUGGAUCGUCGCAGGCUGACACACCACCUCGAGUCGUACACAACUCAUCUGAGCGAUUUCAAGUACCAGAAGUUCGAUGAGAUUGAGGUGCCUGGGCAGUACCUGCUGCACCGCGACAAGAACCAGGACUUUGUUCGCAUUGAGCGGUUCUUGCCUGACAUUGACUUGGUCAGGACCGUGGGCUUCUGCCAUCGUCGUCUCAAGAUUCGUGGUCAUGAUGGAAGCACGCACCCAUUCGCCAUUCAGCACCCGGCUGCCAGGAACUGCAGGCGUGAGGAACGCAUCCUGCAACUGUUCCGCAUCUUCAACACCACGCUGGCCAAACGCAAGGAGAGCAGGCGACGCAAUCUGCAGUUCACGCUUCCAUUGAUGGUGCCUCUCUCGCCUGGUGUGAGAAUGGUGCAGGAUGACUCGUCGUACAUCAGUCUGCAGGGCAUCUAUGAGGACUACUGCCGCCGCAACAGCAUCAACAAGGACGAUCCGAUACUCUUCGCCAUUGAGAAACUCCGCAGCCUCGGGCCGCAAUUGCUGUCGGCGCAACCACCGCAAGGUCAUCCCAACGCGGAUCUUGUCCGCCAGCGCAACAUCGAGCAGAGCACAGCGAUCCGACUCGAAGUCUUCGCAGCGAUUCAGGAGAAGUACGUGCCACCGACAGCUGUUCUCGACUACUUCAAUGCCAUCUACCCGUCGUUUUCCGACCUGUGGCUGUUCCGCCGGCAGUUCUCGUACCAGCUGGCGGCGCUGACGUUCAUCACGUACAUCAUGCACAUGAACACGCGCUACCCGCAUAAGAUGAACAUCUCGCGUAGGACGGGUAACAUCUGGGGCUCUGAGCUGGUACCGUCGAUGGCGGGCGGCAAGCCGUUGUUCCACAACCCGGAGCCGGUGCCGUUCCGCCUGACGCCGAACCUGCAGACGAUGAUGGGGCCGCUGGCGACGGAGGGUAUUUUCGCACCGGCGCUGAUGGCGAUCGCGCGAUGCUUGGUGGAGCCCGAGGGAGAGCUGGAGAUGCAGCUGAGCAUCUUCGUGAGGGACGAGAUGGUGCAUUGGCACACGCAGCAGCACCGACAGCACGUACAGGACGGACAGCUGCGCGAGAGCGUCGAGCACAACUCGGGCCAGAUUGUCAAGAGAGCCAAGAGCCUGGCCGAGGUGCCCAACAGCAACAAUCUGCCGGCCAACCAGACGGUUGUGGAUUUGGUUGCGGUCGCGGUCAAUCCAGGGAAAUUAUGCAUGACGGACCCACUUUGGAUGCCGUAUUUGUAA